AUGGUGUUAACGCGAUCACGAGCCCUUCUUUCCACUGGUCUCCAGUCAGCGACGACUGCUGCUUCUAAGCGGACAGCUGGAUCCAAACGACGAGAUCAAACGAAACGAUUAGCGACGACUAAAACGACAGUGGCAAAGUCGGCAACGGGGAACAAGAAACCGAAAUUAGAUAAUCCUUUAAUUGCUCUCCCAGAUGACUGUAUCAUAGGAACAUUGCAAUGCAGACCUUCGAAAAGAAAUCGUUCACCCUACGUUGCGGAUGUUUUGUUGGAAAAAGAAGGGAGAGAGGUCAUCUGUCAUGUCCCAAAUCUGGAUUGUGGAGGAAAAUGUGUCCCAGGUACCAAGAUUUUAAUGAAACCUGCUCGCGAUAGAAAAGGAAAAUUGGUUGGACCUGACGCCAAGAGUCCGAAAUAUGGGACUCCCAAAUGUGAAUUCAUCGCUCAGCUAAUUUAUGUGGAUGAGUCAGAUCUGGGUUACGAGCCAACUUGGGUGGGGGCACAUCCAUCCUUGGGGGAAAAGAUUGCAGAACAACUGGUGGAGGGCAACCUGCUUGGCCCAUCUUUUCCAGCCGUAGAAUCCUUCAAACGAGAGGUGAAGGAUAUUGGUGGCGCCAGCAUGAGAGCCGACUUUCUCAUUCAGCACAAGGAUCAAACGCUACCGCCUCGCAUUUUGGAAGUGAAAACUGUUGUCGAUACUGACUACAAGCUAGGCGCCACUCCAGAACGCGCAAAGUGUGUCUUUACGAGCAAAAAAGACCCGUAUAUCAGGACAGGAAUAUUUCCCUGGGGAAACUCGAACCAAAAGGGUCCUGAUGGCGAAAAUGUUGUUUCUGCUCGAGCCAUCAAGCACGUUCGGGAACUAACAAAGCUAGCAAACGACAAGAAGCAGAGUUUCCUUGCAACUGUUCUGUUCAUCGUCAUUCGAGAAGAUGCAAAGGUCUUUCGCCCAAAUCACGAGGCGUGUCCAUCCUUUGCACGGUAUCUAAAGGAAGCCGAGGAACAGGGAGUACAGCUGUUGGCCAAACGAGUUUGUUGGAAAGUGGAAGGCACUACUGCAAAGUGUUUCGAAAGCGACCUUUUGGACAUCGAAUGGCCCGCAAUAGAGUAG